GUUUUCUACAUAAAUAACAAAAACCUGUACCUAACAUCGUAGGUAGUAUUUUAGCAGAAUUUCGUGAUUCGUAAAAAAAAAAAACGUUAAAAACACAAUUUCUUUAACAUACCUAUAUUGUAGUUAUAUUUUUUUCCAUAAAAAAGUAUCUAAAACCGUUCUAACAAGUUUCGUUUUAUAAUGACAAAAUAUAAUUCGAUUUAAGUGAAAACUCAAUAAUGUAUAGUUUCGAGGGUGAAUUUCGUAGAAAACCAGAACAAAAUUAUGCUGGAGCUAGUAUACAUGAACCUGUUAGUAACUUGAUUCAAAGAGCUCGUUAUGAAAGAGAAAAAAGAGAAGAAGCAAGACGUGAACAACACCGUAUAAUUAAAGUACAAUCAUGUGUUAGGAGUUUUUUAGCAAGGAAAAAAAUUAAACAACACUACAGGAAAUUAUUUGAUAACACUGUUUUAGAACUGAAGAAAAAGCAACCAUCUCAGCAAUUAUUGAGUGAUCUCGUAACAAAUUUAAUUUUCUUUCAUAAUAGAGAAACUGACUCGCAAAGACUCUUAUGGCUGUCUCAGCAUGUCUUACGGAAUAGUGCAACACUUUUGCGUUCAAGUUUAGAUAAAAAUUCUUCUUGGUAUUGGCAUAUAAAAUGGAUUCUAUCACUUAAUAUUAAUUUGUUGAAUUCUUCUGGUUUGGAAUCAUUUGCAACACCCUUAAGAAUUAUUGAAGAGCUGACUUCAGUAGAUUCUUAUAAAAAGUUGCUUGGUACAGAUGAUGCUAUACUUGCACUGCGCGAUCUGUUCCAGUAUUUGGUUACAAAAUGCUAUUUUGAUAGUUUGCGUAAAAUUCUUGACACAAAAAUUCCUUCAAUGUUUGAUGAUGAAGAUACACCAGCUCCACCAUUAGCAAAAAGUAUUUUAGAAUUUGUUAAAAGACCAUUUUCAGUACGCUCUCCAACAUUUAUAGAUGAAUACACUUCAAUUAUUAUGGAUCAUUUUGUGCGGACAUUUCUUAAAGGACCAAUAUCAGAUAUAAACCAUAAAUUUAUUUUACCAAACUUAUCGUUAGAACAAAACCAGCCCGAUUAUAUUGGACCAGACUUUAGACAACUAGUCAUGUCACUUACUCAUUCUCCUAUCCAAUUUCAACCCAAUACAAAUUUAUUUUAUUCUUUAUUAAUACUUGAACCUUCAGUUGAACAAUAUUCAUUCAUUAUGAAAUGUAAAACAACUGGUCGGGAAGUAAAUGCAGUUAACGACUAUUUGGAUAUCUUGUCUUCAUUAACUAGUCGAUUAGCAGAGCCACCAGUUAUUGAAUAUUUAAAUAAAACAUGGAGACACAGAAGUGCUAACCAAGAUAGUUCAGAAGAUGAAUCGGACGAAGAAGAAAAACCAUUUAGUGGUUAUUUAGAGAAUGAACUUGAGGUUUUGAAAUUGUGUUCAGACCUAUUAAACGCAUCAUUUAGAGUACAGAGAAUAAUUAAUGCAGUAGACGAAUCAUGCUCUUCGUCAUCUAUAAAUUUCUUACUCGAACCUAUUUGCAAAUUAUGCCACUAUUUGCUGAUGUCUCACAAACUUGCUGUUCAUAAAUAUAGGCUGUUAUAUACAUUAGCACUUAAGGCAGAAUUUUUACAACAUUUAUGGAUAACCAUUUUGAGAACUGAACAACAAUCACUUUUUGGACCUAGUUCAGUUACUACUAGUUUAGUAACGGUGAUAUCGAGAGGUACAAAUUUGGCUCCUGGUGAUUUUGAUCGUAUUGUGCCAUUGUUAGCAACAUUUUGCUCGCUCUUUAGCUCUCUAAUAUCUACGUUACACGAUGCAGAAUUUAAUAAAGCUGUUGGGAAUAGUUCUGAAGAUAACAUUGGAAAUCCGUUGAAGUUUACUGCAGCUGACCUUAUUUCAAUUACAUCUAUUUUAAAAGAUGUUGCUUUAGGCCUAAUAGAAUUAGCAUAUCCUGAUACGAGACCAUCAAUUUUAUCUUUUAAGACUAACAAUCAAAAUGCUCAAACUUCGAUCUGGUCACAUUUAUUGAAGGUAACAGUUGUUAUAUUGCGACAACUUCAUUCAAGAGAUCUUCGGUGUAGAUUUUGCCCAGAAGGUCAUUGGGUAUCAAAUCGUUUGACAAUGAACUCUGCUUAUGAUAAACCGUCUAAUAUGCACUUUGUACAGUAUUCUAGAAGAUCUAGACAUAAUUAUAGGCCAUUUAGAGGAAUUCCCGUAAUAUCAAUGGACAACUUAGAUGAAGGUCCACCCCUAACAACACGUCAAGUGCGAAUUCUGACAGUUUUAAGAGAAAUACCAUUUGUUUUACCCUUUGAAGAAAGAGUUGUAGUGUUCCAAGGAUUAUUGAUGAAUGAUAAAGUGCAAUAUCAAAAUACAGAUGGACAUUUUAUGGCUGGUCCUAACAUUCACAUUACUAUUAGACGAAAUUAUUUGUAUGAAGACGCUUUUGAAAAAUUAUCUAUUGAAAAUGAACCAGAAAUACGACAAACGUUACGAGUACAUAUGAAAAGUGCCGCUGGGUUAGAUGAAGCUGGUGUAGAUGGAGGCGGCUUACUGAGAGAAUUUUUAUCUGAGCUUCUUAAAACAGCUUUUGAUCCUAAUCGUGGAUUUUUCCGAAUGACAAAUGAUAAUAUGCUGUAUCCAAAUCCAUAUGUUCAUUUAAUUCAACAAAACUUUGCUGCCCAUUACUUUUUUAUUGGCAGAAUGCUAGGAAAAGCACUAUAUGAAAAUUUAUUAGUUGAACUGCCUUUAGCCGAGUUUUUCUUGUCAAAAAUUAUUGGCCGUCAAACUGAAGUCGAUGUACACCAUUUAGCAUCAUUAGAUCCACUUAUGUAUAGAAAUUUGUUAUCAUUGAAAAACUACGAUGGUGACGUUGUGGAUCUCGGUUUGGAUUUCACAAUUGUUAUUGAUGAAUUUGGUCAAACACGAGUUGAAGAAUUAAAACCAAAUGGUGCCAAUAUAACAGUAACCAAUCAAAACCGAAUUGAGUACAUUCACUUAAUGGCUGAUUACAAACUGAACACUCAAAUAAGGAAACAAUGCUACUUUUUCAAACAAGGUUUGGCAAAUGUAAUUCCAUUGGACUGGCUGCACAUGUUUAGUAAUCAUGAAGUACAAGUUUUAAUAUCUGGUGCUGAAGUUCCAGUAGAUAUAGAUGACUUAAAGCAGCAUACAAAUUACGUAGGUGGUUAUACACCUGAAGAUCCUGUCAUACAAUUAUUUUGGUCUGUCGUAAACGAUUUCACAGAUGAACAGAAAACGAAACUUUUAAAGUUUGUAACUAGUUGUUCUCGACCUCCACUCCUGGGAUUCAAAGAGUUAUAUCCACCAUUUUGCAUCCAAAAAGUGAGUUCUUCUGAUCGCUUACCAACUGCCAGUACUUGUAUGAAUUUAUUAAAAAUGCCAGUAUUUAAAGACUAUGAUACAUUAAAAAAAAAACUUUUAUAUGCAAUACAAUCAGGUGCAGGUUUUGAACUUAGUUAAUGGCAGUUGUAAUAUAUUUGUUAAAACUCAUAUUACAAUAAAAUUUAAGUAAAGUGUAUACAAAGUGUAUUAGACAUUGUAGUUUUUAAACAUAAAAAUGCAAAUAAUAUGUUCUGUGAAAGAAAAUUAUAGUUGUAUUAAUAAAUAUAUGUUAAUGAUUAAAGUUUUUCUAAUUUUACCAUUUCUGUCAAACUAUGUUUGACUUAGUAUAUGCA